GUGUAGCCGUGAUAUACUUGCCAUCGCGCUUCUGCACGAGGAAAAUGGCCUGGUCCCUCGCCUUCGUCGCGCUCAGCGCAUUUGCGCUAGUAUCCAGCGUUAUGGGCCACGGCGGUGGUCUUCACGACUGGACUUUCUUGCCGGAGCCGUCGCCAGGUCAAGAGUUCAUCCGGUACCAGGUCGCCAGCUGCUCAAGUUUCGCGCCGGUGCCAGACUCGGCGAACCUCGGCCCCCUGCCCGCGUUUCCGUCGCCGGCCUCGCCUAUCCAGGUUGUCUCCGGAAGUGCUUCUAUCUUCUACUAUCUUGAUGGCAACUGCACGGACCGCGCCACCACCUGCAUUGACAUGGACGUGAACAUCACACUCAACGGCCAGCCGUACGCCGGACGCCAGAUCAACGGCUACGGCUUCAUCGGGAACUGCUCCAACCCCAACGACCUGUACCGCCACAACGCCAGCCGCGGCGACGACCGCUUUAACAUGAUCUGGUUCAACAAGGAGAACUCCAACACCACCGAGGACGGCAACCUGUUCGGUGCGGCUCCCAACGUGUUUGUCAGCCGCGUGCCGCCCGCCGCCGACGCCCUUCGCUCCCUGGUUCUGUACCCAUCGCCCGAGGACAGCGUGCCCAUCUGCUGCGACCUGGUCUACAACCCCCCGCCCCCCGCCGACUUCUUCACUCAGGGCACGUUCUGCCGUACCCCCGCCCCGCCGCCGCCCAGCCCUCCCUCGCCCCCCAACUCUCCGCCACCCGCCAUCCGCCGCGCGUCGCCCCCGCCCCGCCGCACCCCUCCCCGCAAGCAGCUGCCCAAGUAAAUGGUCAGUCGGCAUUGCGCCCCGUGGGCACCUAGCAUGCAAAUAAGCAAGGCACUUGGCGGUUGCACGAGCUGUGCGGGAUCGGAAGCAGGUCAACGGCUCCCCACGACGGUUGUGUGGUGCUGCAACUUGACUGCCGCAUUGCGCCCCGCCAUGUGGGGGUUGGCUAAGGUUGUUGUUGGCGGCUGCUUCUAAGUCGUUCUCUGUCCUGGGCACCAGGUCGUGUCAGCACUGAGGCUGGUUAGGGACCGGGAGAGUCGAAGGGGCAAUCGCCCUGCGUUGGCGGGUCAGUGCCCGAGCUAGUAACCGUAUCUAAAGCAUAUAUACCAUAAUUCAAUGCAUGUUUGGGCCUAACUCGCAUGCCACAUGCCUCGACAUAUUAAGAAUGCUUCCUUCGCUUUGGCUGCGGUGCGGUCUGUCACACUAGCGGACCUUUGUGCAUGAGAGCCCUGUUCACGUUAUCAUUAGCAAGCAUGACAGAAGUGUUGAAAGCGUGGAAUACUGAAUAGUUCGGAGGACCCACGCACCGGGGAUUGUGGGCAUGGCUAGGUUAGUUUCGUGUUCCAUUAGGCGCAGGAGAGUGAUCUGCCAGGGGUAUCGGCAUGGCAAGCGCACCUUUGAGGCUCCCCCCUCUCGUACUUCUGACAAGAAAGGUGGCCCUUCGCCCCAAGGGAACGCGGCGUGUGGGAAGUCGGAUAGGCGUGGCGGUGUUAUGUCAAUGCCAUUUGUGAUGACACGUAAUUCGCAUUGCAGAUCAAUGGAAUGAGCUGCGAGCUUAUCGCCGGGAACUGGGUAUGUAUGAAGAUUGUUACAGCCGCAUGCUGUGAACAAUCGUGUGAUUGUUGCAUGCGUAGACACUGUUGUGUGAAAUGGGUUGCGCGCUGCAACUGGUGCUGGGCUGUAGCUACCCCUCUGUUCGUGAACGGCAUAUGUGUGUGUGUGUACGGUAUGUGUGUGAUUAAGGACGAGAAACGCAUGUGCGUGUGCGCAUGUGUGCGCAUCAAUAAUAUGGCUACGGGAACUUCGGGAAGUACGGGUCGCUGAGGGGGAUUCAUGCAGACGCGGCAAGCCAUCGCACAGCAGGACAAGAGGUGCCAAUGGCGGCGGUGGAGCACCGGGGCCGCGACAGAGGUCCCACGGCACGAGAUGUAAGAGCUGA